AUGAGUUCCAAAAAGUAUGCCUUCCUUCCUAUGGAGGACGACGAGGUAGGCCCUCAGAAAGUAUCCAAGGAAAGGAAACACCGGCAUCGUCGUGAUCGCGACAGGCAUGAAAAGUCGUCCUCUAGGACAUCCAAGUCUCGUCGGGAAAGGAGCCGGUCGCGUUCACCUCGACCGUCUUCCCAUCCGUCCAGUCGCUCGAAAAACUAUCGCAGACGUGAUGGCGAGUCGAAUUUUGAUGAUCGCUGGGCUGAUGAAGAGCCACCAUCCGAUGACCCUGAUGCUCGAAUUGAAGAUGAUGCGCCAGAAUUCGAAGAAUCGGCCAGCAAGCGCAUCAAGGUGAGCCACGACGAUCGAAAUCAGGACGAAGACGACCUCUCUGAUGGAGCAAAGGAGGAGCUGGCAAGACAACGGGAUAUUGAGGAGCGGGAGGCCUUCGCAAAACGGUUAAAAGAGAAGGAUGACGGAAGAUCAAAGAAGAACCAUCGGGACGGAGAGUCUUCCUCUAGACGGAAACUGGCAGAGGAUGCCGCUGCGAGAGACGCCGCUCUACCGGAUCUCAGAGAACGAUCUCGUCAGGAGUAUCUCAAGAAGCGCGAAACCGAGCGACUUGCGCUGCUGCGAAAACAGGUCGCGGAGGAGACCGCAGAACUACGCAGUGGUGUCCGACUGUCUGAAAAAGAAAAAUCCGAAUUUGCCAAGAACCGGGAGAUUCUCCGCCUCGCCGAGGAGAGGCUAAAGAUUGACGAUCAUCGCGACGGCUAUUACAUGCCUGAAGACUACAUAACGGAGAAAGGCAAGCUGGACAGGAAGAAGAAAGAGGAGGCUUUAUAUAAAAGAUAUGUCGAGCGGGACGAAUAUGGCCAGGAAAAGUUCGUCACUGAGCACGAAGAAUGGGAGCAGGAACAGGCAGCCAAGGCGAAGGCUCAGAUUCAGCGAGCCGAGAUUGAAAAUGAGGACUAUGACUAUGUCAUGGACGAUCAACAAUACAUCCAAUGGAGUCUGGAUUCAAGAAUGGCAGGCGAGGGAAAGACAAAGGAACAGAUGUUUCUCGAUGCUCAGAUUGAUGCUGCGGAGAAGAAGGCCCUUUCAAUCCAGGAGACAAGAAAGAGCUUGCCCAUUUACCAAUACCGAGACGAAUUUUUGGCUGCACUGGAACAAUACCAAAUAUUGGUCAUUGUCGGAGAAACUGGUAGUGGCAAAACAACGCAGUUACCGCAGUACUUGCAUGAGGCAGGAUAUACAAAGAAUGGCAUGAAGGUCGGCUGCACACAACCCCGUCGAGUCGCCGCCAUGAGCGUUGCUGCUCGUGUGGCAGAAGAGGUGGGCGUCAAGGUCGGAAACGAGGUUGGCUACUCUAUCCGGUUCGAGGAUUGCACCACCGACAAAACCAUUUUGAAGUACAUGACCGAUGGUAUGCUGCUCAGAGAGUUUAUGACGGAGCCUGAUUUGGCUGGUUACUCGGCUCUGAUGAUUGAUGAGGCGCACGAACGGACUGUGCACACUGAUAUUCUACUUGCUCUUGUCAAGGAUUUGGCACGAGAAAGGAAGGACCUCAAGCUUCUCAUCUCGUCGGCUACCAUGAACGCUGAAAAGUUUGCCAACUACUUCGAUGACGCGCCAAUUUUUAACAUUCCCGGACGAAGAUACCCUGUUGAUAUAUAUUACACACCCGCGCCUGAAGCCAAUUACUUGGCUGCGGCGAUUACAACAGUAUUCCAGAUUCAUACGACACAACCAAAGGGCGAUAUUCUCAUUUUUCUUACUGGACAGGAUGAAAUUGAAGCUGCAGAGAUGGAAAUUACAGAAACUGCAAAAAAGCUGGGCAGCAGAGUAAAGGAACUGGUCAUUUGCCCUAUUUACGCCAACUUGCCGUCAGAAUUGCAAGCCAAAAUUUUCGAGCCAACGCCAGAGGGGGCGCGAAAAGUUGUUCUAGCCACCAAUAUUGCUGAGACAAGUUUAACGAUUGAUGGCAUUGUCUAUGUGAUUGAUCCUGGAUACGUCAAAGAGAAUAUUUACAACCCGGCUACUGGCAUGUCGAAUUUGGUCGCCGUUCCAUGCUCUCGUGCAUCUGCCAACCAGCGAAGCGGCCGUGCUGGGCGUGUCGGACCAGGAAAGUGUUUCCGCUUGUAUACCAAGUUUGCGUACAUGAACGAAAUGGACGAAUCUACCACCCCUGAAAUUCAGAGAACGAAUCUCAACGGCGUCGUUCUGCAGUUAAAAUCGCUGGGUAUCAACGAGCUGCUUGACUUUGAGUUCAUGGAUCCGCCUCCGACAGAAGCACUCAUUGGCGCCUUGAACCAGUUGUUUGCUCUACAGGCUCUUAACCAUAAAGGCGAGAUGACAAAAAUGGGUCGCCAGAUGGCCGAGUUCCCUACUGAUCCUAUGCUGGCCAAAGCUGUUCUGGCCGCGGACAAGGAAGGCUGCGUUGAAGAAGUACUGUCCAUUGUGUCCAUGCUCGGGGAAGCAUCGGCCCUGUUUUUCCGGCCCAAGGACAAGAAGAUCCACGCGGAUAGUGCCAGAAACAGAUUCACCGUCAAGGAUGGCGGCGAUCACAUCACGUUGCUAAACAUAUGGAAUCAAUGGGUUGACAGCGACUUUUCGCCUGUUUGGUCGCGUGAGAACUUCCUCCAGCAGCGAUCGCUUACUCGUGCGAGAGACGUGAGAGACCAGCUGGCCAAGCUUUGCGAGCGAGUCGAAGUAUCGCCAUCUACCUGCGGCGCCAACAAUUUGCGGCCCAUCAAGCGUGCCAUCACGGCUGGCUUCUUUCCCAACGCAGCACGACUGCAAAAGAGCGGCGACAGCUAUCGUACCGUCAAGAACAACACGACCGUGUGGAUUCACCCCAGCAGCGUCCUCAUGUCCGUCGACCCCCCAGAGAAGAUGAUUAUCUACUUCGAAUUAGUGCAAACAACGAAAGAAUACAUGCGAGGUGUUAUUCCAAUUGAACCGAAAUGGUUGGCAGAAUUGGCACCGCACUUCCACAAAAAGAAGGAUGUGGAGGCAAUGGAGGAAAAGAAGAUGCCCAAACAGAGGUAG